GAGCGUCGAGACGAAUAGGAUGUUGUCACCGGGCUGGAUCACAUAUUCUUCCUCACCCUCGAGCUCCCAGUCGGCGUCGUUGAUCAAGACAAGGAUCCCUGGGCGACUGAGAGGCCACCGAAAGUGAAAAAAAAGGAAAAGAAAUCAAGGCUAGUCAGAGACGGCCUUUGUCACACACGCCCCCUCCUCCCCGCUAGGGUCUGUUCCCGACGGCCAUUGCACACAAGGGAAACCAUAGUGCACAGCCAAGCGAUGCACCUUCCCAAGUGGCCUGUUUCGGCCGCAGACUUAUGAUAGGCCAGACCCGAGGGAGAGGGGAUGGAGGCGGUAAAGGAGGGGGAGAGGAGAAAGUGACGAAGGGAGAGUGACGGGGAGAAAAUGAUCGGCGCGAACAAGGGGGCGGCGGGCUGGACUCACAGGUGGCCGUCAAGCACAAAGAGGUGCCUGCGAGCGUCCUUCAUUGCGUGGCGGCACAAAUACCCGAUCAGGAAGGCGAUAGUGGCCGGACUUCCCUGGUCGUCGGCGUUCGGGAGGGCGAGUUGGUGGCGGACUUGGUGCGAAAACAGCAUCUCGAGGCCGCCACUGCAGAGCACAAGCCCGAAGGGCGCCAUGUCAGCCACGGGUCCGUCGCCAAGGAGAUAUGACAGCGGCAAACGGCAGGAGACAAGAACAAAAACAACAGGAAGCGAGUGAGACUGACGAGAACUCAACCACAAUCCCGAGUGUGGGGGCGUGCUGCUUUUCUGAUGGUGGCGUUGCUGCCGCUGCCGCUGCCGCUGCCGUUGCUGCUGGGUGAGCCGUUGGCGGUGGCACGACAGCCUGCGAUACGGUUGAGGAAGCGGCUGCGUCUGGAGACAUUGAUUCUUGUCGUCUGCUGUUUGCGCGUUGGUUGUCCGGCAGCCAAGGUUGACGAGAUGGCUUGAUCAAAAGAUGCUGUCCUGAUUUGGGCUGGAAGGUCAAACUCAACUGAUGGCGCUCGCACCUGCCAUCCGUUAGGCGAGGGGUCCAAGCAGAGCCAGCCGUCUCCCGGCUGGCAAGAUCAUGGCACAGUGUGUAGGUGUCACGUGCAUGGAAAAUACAUACUUUGACACGUCCAGUCUGCCAAUUUCCCACUGUGGCUCUUCCCCUCCAAGAGUCAUGCGGCGCUGUAACGACAAAUGAGGAAAUUCCUGAGCGAGACAAAUCACUAGAAACCCCCGCCUGCAGUAGAGCCAAGUAGGCGUGUGUAUCUGUCGAUCUGACGAUGAUGGGGUCACCCAGCAUCGACGCCCACGCCAUCUACAUCUCGGCCGGCGCCAACAGACACAGCGCUGUUGCCGACUGGAGCCAUGAUGGCAUCGUGGCCUAUGGCAGCGACGCAAACAUCGCCCUGUGGAGGCCGACUGAUGAACGACCUCGGGGUGUGACGAGGCUACUGCGCGGCCAUAAAGACACCGUCAAGGCUGUCAAGUUCAUACCAACGGGUACGGAGGGCGACUCUGAUAAGGAGACGGAGGCGCCCUCGUCGUACCUGGUGAGCGGCUCCGAUGACCAGUGUCUGAUCUUGUGGGAACUCGGUCAUGAUGGCCAGGCGCUGCUCCGUCAGACAUUGCGCGAGCAUACAGCUCCUAUCCACUGCGUCGCCGUCUUGGGCUGCAGUGCGGCGGGGAGGAGCCGGACCUUGGCGGCAUCGGGAGCUGCCGACGGAACUAUCAAAAUAUGGACCUUAGAGGCCGGUGCUCUCCGCCUUCUACAGACCAUCCAGACGAGGCCCAAAUUCUUCCCCCUAGCCCUAGCCUUGAGCCAGUUGGAUGGCGAGGAGAGCUCGUACAUGCUAGCGGCGGCGGGCACCAAGCCGUUCGUCCAGGUGUUUGCCGCCACUGCUGCCGCUGUCGAUGCCAAUGGAGCGGUAGCGUCGGGCAUGGAUGCAAUCGAGUUUAAACUCCAGGCCACCCUCACAGGCCAUGAAGGGUGGGUCAGGUCGCUCGACUUUGCCUGGGAGGACGCGUCCAAGGCACCCCAGAGCGACUUGCUCCUCGCCUCGGCGAGCCAGGACAAGUAUAUCCGCUUGUGGAGGGUGCACAGGACCACGGCGGGCGACACGGCAUCCUCCAAGGCGGCAGAGGCAGCACCAGAAGUAGACGGCGGGCCACCAUCGUCUUCUUUGGCGUUCCCCGGCAAGUCGCCAUCGAACAAGGCCCACAGGUUCACGGCCGGCGCCUCGGAAUACUCGAUAUCGUUCGAGGCCCUGCUUCUGAGCCACGACGACUGGAUCUACAGCGCCAAGUGGCACUCCUCACCAACGGGUGCUACAGAAGGUUGCGCCAGCAGGCCACAGCUCCUCUCCACCUCAGCUGACAACUCACUCGCUAUUUGGGAGGCCGACGUGGACUCGGGCAUCUGGAUUACCAGCGCCCGGCUCGGGGAGCUGAGUAAGGAGAAAGGCGCCACCACGGCCACAGGGAGCAUCGGUGGGUUCUGGACCGGCCUCUGGUCGCCUUCGGGCCGCACCGUCGUGUGUCUAGGCCGGACCGGCAGCUGGAGGCGCUGGGAUCUAGAGGCGGGCGAUUCCAGCGGCGCCGCCGCCCUGUGGCGCCAGGCACUCUCCGUGUCGGGGCACACAAAGGCUGUCACGGGCAUCACUUGGUCCCGCGACGGCGGAUACCUUCUGUCCACGUCAUCGGACCAGACCACCCGUCUGCACGCCGAGUGGAGGGCAAGAGGCGAUACUAGACAAGACGGGAACAGCGAGGAGCAGUUUGUGCCGACGUGGCACGAGAUGGCCCGCCCGCAGAUCCACGGCUAUGAUCUGAACUGUAUAGACAGCCUGGGACCUUCGCAGUUCGUCUCGGGCGCCGACGAGAAGUUGAUGCGCGUCUUCAGCGCCCCCAAGGCCGUGGCUCGCCUGUUGGGCCGCCUUAGCGGCAACGGUGCUAUCGCCACGGGGUUGGGUGAUGGAGGACUGGACGCCCUCCCGGAUGCCGCCAACAUGCCUGUCCUCGGCCUUUCCAACAAGGCCGUGGAGGCAGUCGACGAUGAGGCGGCCGACGAGGCCGAGGCAGCGGCGGCAGCAGCCGCAGAUGCAGCAGCCGAGGAAGGCGGACGCCGGCAAGACCCGGACGCGGCGAUGGCGACGUCGCUCUUCCGCGCCUCUACACUGGACCUAGCCCGCCCCCCUUACGAGGACAGCUUAUCACGACACACGCUGUGGCCCGAAAUUGAGAAGCUAUAUGGGCACGGGUACGAGCUGUCGUGCCUGGCCGCGAGCCACGACGGCCGCGUGGUGGCGAGCGCGUGCCGCGCCAGCUCGCUCAACCACGCCGUCAUCCGCCUGUUCGCCACCUCGCCACGCUGGGCCGAGAUGCGCCCGCCUCUGACCGCCCAUUCGCUCACGGCGACCCGCCUGCGCUUCAGCCCGGACGACGCCUUCCUCCUCUCGGUCGGCCGUGACCGCCAGUGGGCCGUCUUCCAGCGCGGCGCGGCGGCCACGCCGGCCGAGAACGCAGGAGGCGCCUCCAAGCCCAGCGACGACGCGGAGCUGCGCUACAGCCUCUUCCAGGUGAACCCCAAGGGCCACACGAGGAUGAUUCUCGACUCUGCCUGGGCCCCGGCCCUGACAGUUGGGGCCCGGGGUCCGCUGCGGGCGUUUGCCACGGCCGGCCGGGACAAGAACGUAAAGGUGUGGGUGCUGAGGGAGAAGAAGGCCGAGGUCGAGAGCGUCGCGGCUACCGCAGCCCCCACGUUUGAGCUCGCCGCUACGAUCCCUCUAGAGCAUGCCGCCACGGCUGUGGAUUUCCUCUGGCGGCCACUGAGUGGCGGUGACGAGGCCGGUAACGGCAACGGCGGCCUAGUCCUAGCCGUCGGUACCGAGGCGGGCAAGAUCUCCGCAUACACCCUGGACCCAGAGAGCUGGACUGUGGUGACGCAGCAUGAUCUUGACUCGCACCUAUGCUCCUCCAAGUCAAUAUUGCAGUUGGCCUGGCGGCCGGCGGAUGCUGAGGCCAAGACUCCGAGCGACCAGCGGCGCGACGAGCUGGCGGUGGCGUGCGAGGACUCGUCUCUCAGGAUAUACCAGUUCAGGGGUCUCUAGAUUAGAAGUAGGUAGACUUGAUGAUGAGAUAAUACCAAGGCAAAAAAGGAUAGGUUGAUUGCGAUUUGGGGAGCGCAAAGGUUGCGCCCCCAGGGUAUUACUUCUAUUAGCAUAUGUAUAUACUGCCCCUAUUUCAUCAUGGGCUUUAUCCAGGAAGCGUUCCCACCACCUGCCGCCAUUCUAUGCCCCAACCAGAAAUUACGAGCAUGGCACGCCGGCCAACCUUGGCAUCACAACGCCCAACGCUUCUCUCCACCG